AGUCUGUCGUAGUUUCAAAUUAGUUUCGUUUAUCUGUAGAGUUCAGAUAUGCAAGGUGUUGCUGCAUCUGUUACUGAUACCCUAGGAAAUAUCAAGUAACUUUUCAACUUUCCAUGUACAUAAAUUUAGACCAUGGCUUCAGAAAGUAACAGCUCAAUCAAAGCCUACGGAUGCUCGAUACUUCACAACAACGAAAAAAGGUGAAAUUUUUGAGCUGAAAGCCGAAUUGAAUAGUGAGCGAAGAGAAAAAAAGAAGGAGGCUGUUAAAAAGGUCAUAGCCAGUAUGACUGUAGGUAAAGAUGUUAGUGCUUUGUUUCCAGAUGUAAUCAACUGUAUGCAAACUGAUAAUUUGGAACUUAAGAAGUUAGUAUACCUGUACCUUAUGAAUUAUGCUAAGACACAGCCUGAUACUGCAAUAAUGGCUGUGAAUACCUUUGUAAAAGAUUGCGAUGAUCCCAAUCCACUUAUCAGGGCGCUUGCUGUGCGAACAAUGGGCUGCAUACGUGUGGAGAAAAUAACUGCUUAUCUCUGUGACCCACUCCGUAAAUGUCUUAAAGACGAAGAUCCAUAUGUCCGCAAGACAGCUGCUGUUUGUGUAGCAAAGCUGCAUGAUAUAGAUGCUCAGUUAGUGGAAGAUAGUGGAUUUCUAGAACUUUUGAGGGAUUUGUUAUGUGACAGUAAUCCCAUGGUAGUCGCUAAUGCUGUCGCAUCAAUAACUGAAAUAUUGGAGAUGACAAAUUCUGAUUCUGCAAGGUCCUUACUUGCCUUCGAUGGCCCAGUAAUUAACAAACUCCUGACAGCUCUUAAUGAAUGCACUGAGUGGGGACAAGUUUUUAUACUUGAUGCAAUUGCAGAUUACACACCUGGUGAUGAUCGUGAGGCACAAAGUAUCAUCGAACGCGUGUCUCCAAGACUAGCACACGCAAACGCUGCUGUCGUUCUAUCAACUGUUAAAGUCAUUAUGAAAAUGUUGGAAAUGGUUGAUCCUACUUCCGAAACUGCAUCGACUGUAAUUAGAAAGUUGGCACCCCCACUAGUAACAUUACUUUCUGCGGAACCGGAAAUUCAGUAUGUAGCUCUGCGUAAUAUUAACUUAAUUGUUCAAAAGCGUAGGGAUAUUUUAAAGCAGGAGAUAAAAGUAUUUUUUGUCAAGUAUAAUGACCCGAUCUAUGUGAAACUUGAGAAGCUAGAUAUAAUGAUACGUCUCAUCAAUCAGUCUAACAUUGGUCAGGUGCUUGCUGAACUGAAGGAAUACGCAAAAGAAGUUGACGUGGAUUUUGUCCGAAAAGCUGUUCGUGCAAUAGGGAGAUGUGCUAUCAAGAUUGAAUCUGCCGCGGAGCGUUGUGUGUCUGCAUUAAUUGAUCUUAUCCAAACAAAAGUUAAUUAUGUCGUUCAGGAAGCAGUUGUAGUGAUCAAGGACAUAUUUAGGAAGUAUCCGAAUAAAUACGAGAGCAUCAUCUCUAUCCUGUGCGAGAAUCUUGAUACACUAGAUGAGCCUGAAGCACGUGGGUCAAUGAUUUGGAUCAUUGGAGAAUAUGCUGAAAGAAUUGAUAACGCUGAUGAACUACUUGAAUCUUUUCUAGACGGUUUUCAGGAUGAAAACACCCAGGUGCAGUUACAGCUGUUAACCGCAAUAGUAAAGCUAUUUCUUAAAAGGCCGUCUGAUACACAGGAACUUGUCCAAACUGUCCUUGGUUUAGCUACACAAGAGUCUGACAACCCAGAUCUUCGUGAUAGGGGUUAUAUCUAUUGGCGUUUAUUGUCUACAGACCCAGCAGCUGCUAAAGAAGUUGUACUCGCAGAAAAACCACUUAUUUCAGAGGAGACAGAUAUGCUUGAACCAACGUUAUUGGAUGAACUCAUUUGUCACUUAGCAAGCCUAGCUAGUGUUUAUCACCGGCCGCCAAGUUCUUUUGUCGAAGGUAGGCAUGUAGCUCGGCGUCAACUUCCAGCACGCGUAAAUGGGGUCUCCUCGGCGCCUGGAGCAAAUUAUGGUGAUUCACAACAAGUAGAUGUUCCAGCUCCUACGGUUAUCCCAACUCAGGAGACAUUAAUUGGGGACCUAUUGGAUAUUGAUCUUGGAAGUGGGCCAUCUACAUAUGAUUCGACGAUGCAUCAGUUCUCUCGCCCUCCCGUACCAAAUACUGGAUAUAGUUCAGCGAUCCCUGAUCUUUUGGGUGAUGGCUUAGACGAUCUCUUACCUGGUGUUACUAAAACUCAUCCAAGUGAAGAACAGAAGACUCAGUCUGGAGGAGCAUCUUCGUCGGCUGCCGACGUAUUGGCAGAUAUUUUUGGAGGAAUCAAAAUGUCUGAUCUUUCUGGUGAUACUGGCUUCUUUGUGCCACCUGCAACUGUUUUACUGGAAGCUUCUCGUGGUAAAGGUCUCGAAAUUCGUGGUACAUUUUCUCGUAAGACAGCUACCGCACAAGUUUUUAUGGAGCUGACAUUGACUAAUAAUGCACUAACUCCCAUGUCUGGAUUCGCUAUACAAUUUAAUAAAAAUAGCUUUGGCUUAGUUCCAGCCCAAGCACUAAAUGUCCCUACUCCUUUGAUGCCUCAUCAAUCUGUUAAUGUAUCCCUUCCGUUAGCAACUACUGGUCCUGUAAUGAAGAUGGUUCCACUUAUGAAUCUACAGGUGGUUUUCCUCACAUUUUUUAGAUGAAUUUAUUACAACGAUCUCAUUAUUUUAUAAGGUAGAAAUACUUGCAAUCAAAUAAAUUAAUGAGUCUUGUAGAUCAUUGGACGAACUACUUAUUUUUAUGAUUGUAUAACUAGGUGGAUUUUUCCUUCGUUUUCUACAACUUCUGUUUAUACGUCCACCUUUCAAGUAACAAAAACACAGACUCCUUUUUUUACAAAGUCCAUUCUUUGUUGAGCCGUAAAAUUGAUGUGUUUAUGACACUCAUCUGGAUCAUUCUCUGGGCCUCAAAACAAACAUAUAUUCUUCCCGUUGGUAAGAUGGUUCUUACUUGUAACGUAUUAUCGUGCUUUAGUAACGGAAAGUUUAUUUAACCGCGAAGUUGAUUGUACUACUGACAAACCUGCUCAAUGAUUAACUCAACUGUAUUAUGUCUGAGAGCUUGUUUUCCUGUUCUUCAUUCAUAAUUGCACUAAAUUUAACCCACUUUCGUUUUAAUCUAGUGGGUAAUUGUUUAACCACAAGCUCUAAUAUGGACAUAAAAUUUAAUUCAAAUUCGAUAUUCAACGAUAUUAGUGUAUUCUUAUAUAUAAUUGGAUUGCCUAGAAAUAUGGUGAAGUCUCUUGAAUCAUCUCCUACCUUUUGACCAUCACCCUCCACAGUUUCAAACACUACGAGCCACCACUGAUAGUCUUCCAAAUCAUUUUAAUAUGUGUCUAGCUUCUAUGUGAACAGAUGAGGUAGGCGAAAAUUUUCAACACUAGAUCUUGUAAAUUGCCUCAUUUAAAAAGUCAGUCUAUCCCGAUACCAUUUCUAAUUGCUUCACAAAAGUGGAGCAAUCUACUGGAUCCCUAUAAAACUAUUCGGCACACACUCAAGGAGCUUGAAGUAGUUUUCUUAGUUUCUACUUCAAAUUUAUCAAACAACAUCUCAAACAAACUAUUAGCAUUACCAUUACCUCGUCGAAUUAGCAGACAGACAGGCAUUGUCGAAGGUACGAGCUAAUUUCCAAGUAGGAGUGGUUCAGAAUUUCCCAGGUUAACCAAAUCCAGAAAUUCGACUAGGUUUAAACGAAAUUUAGAAAGCAAUUAAUGGAACUUAGAGAUCAAUUAUGACUGUCACAGUUGGUAGAGUAUUUCUGAAAUUGGAGAAUCGCAGACUGUAACUAACUUCUAUCGAGGAACAAAACAAAAACGAGUGAGUAAUGAAACAGGACGUCUGUUUAUUUGAUAGAAACUAAAGUGUGCUAACGCCUUAAAGCUAUCCUAUGAGUGACUUUGAACUUAAUAAUCAGGAGUUAGCCAGCCAUUCAUAUAACAGCUAUUCCUCAAUAGUUCAAGGUUAUUGAAAACUAUUACCAUCCAUGUCAUCAUUCAGAUUAACUAAAAUCUGAAAUCUAGUUAGAAACAUAGUUUCCAGUGCCAGGUUGUCCGUAAUUGCGUCUUAAAAUCGCGCUUCAGUCCAACAAUCUCCAUUCUGACUGGUCAUUUCUGCUUGUUUCAAAGCCAUCAGUAUGGUUUAGUUCUAUGGUGUUUUAUAUUUAAUAAUAAUUAAACGGCUCCAAAGAAACUAGAUAAAUGGCUAUUUCAUAAUAGGUUAUGACCACGUUGUGAUAAAAAAAGAGUAUAAUACUGAGAAUUAUCUCUUUUUUGUGAGAUGUAAUUUUAACUAAAAACCAAUCAUUACUUGUUAUCUACAGUGAUUAUACUAAUUAAUCAGUUACCGUUUCUUUUUUCUAGCCUAUAUUUGGUCAGAAUUCAUCAAAAUCUGUAUGCUAAGAGAGUGUAUGUGCAACAGCAUAGAGCUCAUUUACGUGUAAAGAAACAUUUGUGAAAACUAAAACGUUGACAAGUAUCAUAGGAAUUUGGGUUUUGAAGUAGAAACUACACUAACAUGAGUUAGAACAGAAUAUUUUUUUAUAAAAAAAUUCUAAGUCUUAUUUCUUGAAUUAUUUAAAAGCUAGUAAAGUUUUCAUGCCAUGUGGUUUUUGCUUGGAAUACAACAGAAUAAGGUUCAGAAUACUCUAAAACAUUUAGUAUGAAGACUACAAUUGUUAGUAUAUAUAUAACCUUUUUUAAUGCUGUAGCAACACGUAAACGCCACGAUUUAGUUCAAUUUUUUUAAUACAUCUCAAAUAUUUAAUUUCGUGUUGUCAUUAGUUUUGAUUUCUUCAAUUCUCCCCUCAUUGUGUUGGUUCGAUGCAUACCUGUACCUCAUCUUACAUUGUUUAUGACUAGCUACAUAAUCUCCAAUUACUAUGUUACACUUUUCAUGAUAUAUUAUAUUUUAGCGAUCACUAGUAGUGUUUUUGUUUUGUUUAAACAAGUGUUAGCUAAUUGCAAGUUUCAUGCUUGCUCGUGUCUACUACUCUUUAUUUUCAAUAGAUUGCUGUCAAGAACAAUAUUGACGUAUUUUACUUUGCUACCUUGGUACCAAUGCAUAUUUUGUUUGUCGAAGAUGGAGAGAUGGAUAAACGAGUUUUCCUAGCUACCUGGAAAGAUAUACCUAGUCAAAAUGAACAACAGUUUACUUUGAGUCCAAAAAAUCUCACUGCUGAUGCUUGUAGCAGUAAAUUACGUCAAAACAAUGUAUUCACUAUUGCUAAACGUAAUUUGGAUGGUCAAGAUAUGCUUUACCAAUCUAUGAAGCUUACAAACGGUAUCUGGGUAUUAGCCGAAUUGAAAAUCCAACCAGACAAUCCAUCUUUUAUUUUAUCGUUAAAAUCACGUACAAUGGAUGUACAUCCUUGUGUUCAAUUGGCAUUCGAUGAAAUUUUAAAUCAUUGAUUAUUAUUUAUUCUCUUAUAAUUAUUUACUACAACUAAUAAUUAGCUUGAUCAUUUCUUUUCUCUACUGACAAUAAUAAUACUACUACUAGGUACUACUAAUUUCAAUCGUUAACUGUUUUUUUUUAAUGUGGUGUACACACAAAUUUCAGUUUAUUUUGUUCGAGCAUUCGGGAUUUAAAAAGAAAGUACCUGUGGUUUUAUUGUGUGUGCGUGUGUGUGUUAUUUCAUUUUACCAAUUGUUGUUGAUUACUUUUAUUUAUUCAUUUCAUUCCAUUUAUCUUUUGCAUAGCUUUAUCCAUACUUACUAUGUGAUUCCAACUCGAUUGUCAUAUCACAAUUGUUGUGUACUGUUUAUCAUUCAUUGCUCAUAUUCAAACUGAUUUAAAUAAAUAUGUUUAAAUUG